AUGGUCAACAACGCUAAGCUACCUGUCGACCUCUCCAAGUUCAAGAAGCUCUCCCUCGACCCUGGGAACAGCCAACUUAGUCCGCAGCAGAAGCAGGAUCUGCAGCACAACAUCGACAUCUUCCGUGAUGCCAUUGUCGCUUUCACAGCCACGGGGGCGGCGCGUGGGGUGGCCGGCCAUACAGGAGGACCCUUCGACACCGCUCCCGAGGUGUGCAUCCUGCUCGCCAUGAUAAACGGGAACCCAGAUAAAUUCGUUGAUGCUCUCUUCGACGAAGCCGGACACCGUGUCGCGACUCAGUACCUUCUCGCGGCACUCAAUGGGGACAUCGCCCCUGACCAUCUACUGGACUACCGCGAGGCAGGCUCCAAACUCCCCGGACACCCAGAAUUGGGCUUGACGCCAGGGAUCAAGUUCAGUUCAGGUCGCCUGGGCCACAUGUGGGCCAUGGCCAACGGCGUCGCCAUGAAGAACAAGGACAAGACUGUUCUUCUCCUCGGCUCCGACGGCUCCCAACAGGAAGGAAACGACGCCGAAGCCGCACGCAUCGCAGUGGCUCGGAAUCUCAACAUAAAGGUGUUUGUCGACAACAAUGAUGUCACAAUCGCCGCAAAGCCCUCGGAGUAUCUAAAGGGCUAUGAGAUCGGGCGGACCUUGGCCGGUCACGGCCUGCACGUUGUCCGCGCCAACGGAGAAGACCUUGACUCGCUUUACCCAAAGGUUUGCGAGGUGCUGACACACACCGGCCCUGCGGCUCUGAUCGUCGACCGGAACAUGGCUCCACACAUCGAAGGCUUGGAAGGUUCCGUCAAGGCGCACGAUGUCAUCCCCGUUGAGCUGGCGCGCAAGUACCUUACGAGCAGAGGCUACAGCAAGGAGCAACUCGCCUUCUACGACGACAUCAAACCGAGGAGCAAUCCGUGGAAGUACCGAGGGUCGUCCAAGGACAAGAUAGCCAACCGCAUGGUCUUUGGCGAGGCAGUCAACGCAGUGCUGGAUGGCCUGAGCAAGGAUGAAGCUGCUCGGCGCGUCAUGGUCAUCGACUCGGACCUGGAAGGCUCCACGGGUCUGAAGGCCAUCCACCAGAAGCAUCCCGAAGUCUUUGUCCCUUCUGGCGUCAUGGAGCGUGGAAACUUCUCGGCGGCCGCUGGCUUCGGCUUCGGCAGUGACGGCUCGAUCCAGGGCGUCUUCUCGACCUUUUCGGCGUUCCUUGAAAUGAUCAUCUCCGAGGUCACCAUGGCUCGCUUGAACAACUGCUCUGUCCUCUCUCACUUCUCCCACAGUGGCGUCGACGAGAUAGCCGACAACACGUGCCACUUCGGCCUGAACCACUUCUUCGCCGACAACGGACUCAUGGACGCCGAGAGCACGACGCUCUAUUUCCCUGCAGACGCUGAGCAGAUGAAGGCGGUCGUCCAAAAGGUGUUUUUCCAAAAGGGCCUGAGAUUCAUCUUUUCGACUCGCUCCAAGCUGCCGCUCAUCUACAAAGAAGGCACCGAGGAUCCCCUGUACGGCCAGGGCUAUGAUUUUGUUCCUGGCAAGGACGAAUUCAUCCGCAAAGGGUCGGCCGGCUACGUCGUCACCUACGGAGACAUGGUGUACCGGUCGCUGGACGCCGUCGAGCGACUGCGAGAAGACGGCCUGGAUGUUGGCCUCGUCAAUAAGCCGACUCUCAACACCGUCGACGAGGGUUCGCUCAAGAUCUACGGCUCGUCGCCGUUUGUGCUCGUGGUCGAAUCCAUCGCACAGAAGACCGGUCUUGGAUCCCGAAUGGGCACUCAUCUGCUGGAGCGUCACCUUGCUCCCAAGUAUCUGUCCAUGGGCGCGCGCAAGGAGGGCAGUGGCGGUUUAUAUGAGCAAGUCAACGAGCAGGGACUCGGUCCUGAUGACAUUGUGGCCGCCAUUCGAAAGGUGGCAGGGAAGUAA